CCACCUUCAAGGAGAGCUCUGCGAGAGGCACUCUGGAGAAAGCGCCGCAGCCGCAGGGCUGAGCUAGGAGAGACCCCGUCUGGGGAUAACCCCACUGGCUGAAGAUGAGGUCACUCCUCGUCCUGAUUUUUGCCUUGCCCAGCCUCCUGCAUGCCCAGCAAGCCUGUUCCCGGGGAGCCUGUUACCCACCAGUUGGGGACCUGCUCAUCGGGAGGACCCAGUUUCUCCAAGCUUCAUCCACCUGUGGACUGACCAAGCCUGAGACUUACUGCACCCUGUAUGGAGAGUGGCAGAUGAAAUGCUGCAAGUGUGACUCCCGGCUGCCUCACAAUUACAACAGUCACCGAGUAGAGAAUGUCGCUUCAUCCUCUGGCCACACGCGCUGGUGGCAGUCUCAGAAUGAUGUGAACCCCGUCUCUCUGCAGUUGGACCUGGGCAGAAAGUUCUACCUUCAGGACAUCAUGAUGGAUUUCCAGGGGUCCCAGCCUGCCGGGAUGCUGAUUGAACGCUCCUCAGACUUCGGCAAGACCUGGAAAGUAUACCAGUACCUGGCUACCGACUGUACUUCCACCUUCCCGGGAGUGCGCCAGGGCCAGCCUCAGGGGUGGCAGGAAGCUUGGUGUCAGCCUCUCCCCCAAAGGCCUAAUGGGCACCCAAAUGGGGGGAGGGUUCAACUUAGCAUCAUGGAUUUAGCUUCUGGAUUCCCAGUAACUCAGGGUCAAAAGAUUCAAGAGCUGGGGGAGAUCACCAACUUCAGAGCCAACUUCACCAGGCUGGCCCCUGUGCCCAAGAGAGGCUACUACCCGCCUAGCGCCUACUACGCUGUGUCCCGGCUGCGUCUGCAGGGGAGCUGCUUCUGUCACGGCCAUGCUGACCGCUGUGCCCCUGUACCUGGGGCCACUGCAGGCCCCUCCACUGCUGUGCAGGUCCAUGACGCCUGCGUCUGCCAGCACAACACUGCCGGCCCCAACUGCGACCGCUGUGCUCCCUUCUACAACGACCGGCCCUGGAGACCCGCAGAUGACCAGGACCCCCACGAGUGCCAAAGGUGUGACUGCAACGGGCACUCAGAGACGUGCCACUUCGAUUCAGCGGUGUUUGCGGCCAGCCGGGGGGCGCACGGCGGUGUGUGUGACAAUUGCCAGGAUCACACUGAGGGCCAGCACUGUGAACGCUGUCAGCUGCACUAUUUCCGGAACCGGCGGCCCGGAGCUCCCAUCGAGGAGACCUGUAUCCCCUGCGAGUGUGACCCGGAUGGGGCCGUGCCAGGAGCUCCCUGCGACCCAGUGAGCGGGCAGUGCGUGUGUAAGGAGCACGUGCAGGGAGAGCGCUGUGACUUGUGCAAACCGGGCUUCACGGGACUCACCUACAGCAACCCGCAGGGCUGCCACCGUUGUGACUGUAACAUCUUGGGGUGCUCCCGGGACAUGCCGUGUGAUGAAGAGACGGGACGCUGCCUGUGUCUGCCCAACGUGGUGGGCCCCAAGUGUGACCAGUGCGCUCCCAACCACUGGAAGUUGGCCAGUGGCCGGGGCUGCGAGGCCUGUUCCUGCGACCCCCACAACUCACUCAGCCCCCAGUGUAACCAGUUCACAGGACAGUGCCCGUGUCGGGAUGGGUUCGGGGGCCUGACCUGUAACACCGCAGCCAUCCGCCAGUGCCCAGAUCAGACCUAUGGAGAUGCGGCCACUGGAUGCCGAGCCUGUGACUGUGACUUCCGGGGAACCGAGGGCCGGGGCUGUGACAAGACCUCGGGCCGCUGCCUCUGCCGCCCGGGCUUGACCGGGCCCCGCUGCGACCAGUGUGAGCGAGGCUACUGUGACCGCUACCCGGUGUGUGUAGCCUGCCACCCGUGCUUCCAGACCUAUGACACGGACAUCCGGGAGCAGGGCCGGCGCCUCGGUGGUCUCCGCAACGCCACGGCCAGCCUGCAGCCUGGGCUGGGGCUGGGCGACCGCGGCCUGGCCUCCCGCCUCCUGACUGCCAGGAGCAAGAUGGAGCAGAUCCAAGCGGUCCUCAACAGCGCCUCGGCCACAGAGCAGGAGGUGGCCCAGGUGGCCAAUGCCAUCUUCGCCCUCAGGGGGACCCUACAGGGCCUGCAGCUGGACCUGCCCCUGGAGGGAGAGAUCCUGUCUCUCCCAGGGGACCUGGAGAGCCUGGGCCGAAGCUUCAAUCAGCUUCUCGUUGUGUACCAGAGCAAGAGGGAGCAGUUUCAAAAGAUAAGCGGUGCUGAUCCUUCAGGAGCCUUCCGCAUGCUGACCGAAGCCCACGAGCGGUCAUCCCAGGCUGCCCAGCAGGUGUCUGACAGCUCCCGCCUGCUGUUCCAGCUCAAAGACAGCCGGAGAGAGGCGGAGCGACUGGAGAGGCAGGUGGCCGGAGGAGGAGGUGCCAGCAGCCCCCAGCUCGCAGCCCUGAGGCUGGAGAUGGCCUCCUUUCCUGACCUGACUCCCACUGCCAACAAGCUUUGUGGGAGUUCUAGGCAGCUGGCCUGCACCCCAGGAACAUGUCCUGGGGAGCUGUGUCCCCGUGACAAUGGCACCGACUGUGGCUCCCACUGCAGAGGGGCUCUGCACAAAGCGGGCGGGGCCUUCCGGACUGCAGGGCAGGUGGCUGAGCGGCUCCGGGGUUUCAAUGCCCAGCUUCAGCAGACCCGCCAGAUGAUCCGGGCGGCCGAGGAAGCUGCCUUGCAGAUCCAAACCGAUGCUCAGCUCCUGGAGACCCAGGUGAGCACCAGCCGCUCCCAGAUGCAGGAAGGCAUCAGCCGAACCCGGCUCCUCAUCCAGCAGGUCCGAGACUUCCUCACAGGCCCCGACAUCGAUGCGGCCACCAUCCAGGAGGUCAGCGAGGCGGUGCUGGCCCUGUGGCUGCCCACAGACUCCGCUACGGUCCUGCAGAAGAUGAAUGAGAUCCAGGCCAUCGCGGCCCGGCUCCCCAACGUGGACCUGGUGCUGUCCCAGACGCAGCAGGAUGUGGAGCGGGCCCGCAAGCUGCAGGCUGAGGCUGAGCAGGCCAGGACCCGGGCCCACGCGGUGGAAAGCAAGGUGGAGGACGUGGUGGAGAACCUGCGCCAGGGCUCUGUGGCGCUGCAGGAAGCUCAGGACACCAUGCAGGGCACCAGCCGCUCGCUUCGGCUGAUCCAGGAGAGGGUUGAGGAGGUCAAGCAGGUUGUGGGGCCAACCGGAAAGCUGGUGACGGCCAUGACAACACAGCUGAGUGGCUUCUGGGCGCAGAUGGAGGAGCUCCGUCGCCAGGCUGGGAAGCAGCGAGCCCAGGCGGCAGAGGCCCAGCAGCUUGCUGAGGGCGCCAUCAGUGAGGCGCUGAGCACUCAGGAGGGGUUUGAGAGAGUAAAGCAGAAGUAUGCGGAAUUGAAAGACCGGUUGGGUCAGAGCCCCACGCUCGGGGAGCAGGGCAGUCGGAUUCUGAAAGUCAAGACAGAAGCAGAAGAACUGUUUGGGGAGACCAUGGAGAUGAUGGUCAGGAUGAAAGACAUGGAGUCGGCCCUUCUGCGGGGGAACCAGGCCGUCAGGGUUCGCUCUGCAGACCUGUCUGGGCUGGAGAAGUACGUGCAGAAGAUCCGAGACCACAUCCACGGGCGCAUGCUCUACUAUGCCACCUGCAAGUGAAGCUCUGCUCCCAGUCUCUGCCCCACGGAUCUCCCCAACGUUGUCUUUGGAGGGCAGAUCUGGUUGGAAUGCUUCCCAGCUCCGUCUUCCAACUUUGUCUUCAUCCUGAAGCCCAGCCUGUGCCCUCCUUGGGCUGCGGCUGAGCCUGAGUGGAGGGGGCAUCUCCAGGGAGGUGCAGAGGUGGAGGCAGGCCUGUGCUGUUGCAACCUGGAGUUCCCCCCACACCUCCCUUCUUCCUUCUUUGACGGUGAAUCUUGGACCAACAUAAAAACUUAGCCACAAGUCCAGUGAAAAUCUUUGGAAGGAAAUUUAGAGGCUCAAUAAGGGAAAAAUGGCUUCUCUCUUGAUUUGAGUCUUUAUUUACUGCUUCUGCCUCCAUCCGAGUCCCUGGGUGGCCCCUCUGUGUGGGCUCAAGGCCUGGUAUGUGAAGCAUAGGCCACCUCCCCCUCAGCUCUGUCCUAUGUCCCCAUCACCUGGACUUAGGUUGGCUUGGGACCUGGUGGCUUUGUUCCUGGACAGCCAGGGAACAUCUUCCACCUUUGCACGUUGGUCCAGCUCCUCAUUUACAGACGAGGGUAGGGAUUCAGAGCAACCGUGCCCAAAUCCACACAGCUCCUCAGAACCAGUACCAGGACGAGAAUCUCUGUCUCUUGGGAGCCCAAAACUAUGUUCUAAACAGAUGUGUGUGUGUGUGUGUGUGUGUGUG